AUGUUCAACCAGCAAUUUGCUAGCAGCAGAGGUUUAGAGAAGCAGACAAGCAAUCUAUGCCGUGUGCUCCAACGCCCAGACGAACCUUUGAAGGACUACAUAGCUCGUUUCAUCAGGGAGAAGGUGAAUGUUCCAAAAUGCGACGUCCCAACUGCAAUCGUGGCGUUCAGACAAGGAUUGUAUGGCGAGACCGACCUAUGGAGAGAUCUAAUCAAAUAUCCCUGCAAGACAUUUGAAGAUGCCCAAGCCAAAGCCAUGGCCCAAGUCAGGUUGGAAGAAACUCUUUACUCCAGGAAGGGAACCAAUGACUACACCAAGACGGACAGACGACUACCUUACCCCAAAAGAAGCAAUGAUCGUCUGAUGAGCCACCUUUCAAAGAUGGGAAAAGCAGUACAAUGGCCCCCGAAAUCCAGCAAACCCAACUCGAAGAAGGAUCCCUCAAAGUGGUGUGACUUCCAUGCCGACAUUGGUCACACUACCAACGAGUGCGUAGCAUUAAGAAGAGAAGUGGCUUACAUACUGAAGAACGGAUACCUCAAGGACGUCUUGUCGGAUAAAGCUCGUGGCGUCAUCAACAAAGACAACUCAAGUGACAUCUCCGAAAAACAUCAUGACGGUCUGGUAAUAUCCAUUCCCGUUGGAAACUGUAUGAUCAAACGAGUCCUGUUCGACAAUGGCAGCUCCACCAACGUUAUGAUGCUCGACGCCCUUAAGGAAAUGGGGCUUAACCCAAACACAGAUGUCAUCAAGAAAUCCACAGUCUUGAUAGGAUUCAGCGGCGAAGCAAAGACCACCUUUGGAGAAGUCACUCUACCCGUCUACGCCCAAGGGGUCAACCAACAGGUAAAAUUUUGA